AGCCAUCAUGAGCUCCAAUCCCCGUCAGGGGCCGAUGCUCCGCCACUCGGCGGGCAGAAAUGCCGAGCCUCCCGUGGUGGCGUCGACGUCUGGCUUGCACAGGCGUCCCGCCUUCCUGGAGGCACCCCCUGCGAGGCUGGCGCUGGCUCUCACCCCGGACAGCCUGGAGAUCCUCCAGCAGGCGAAUGUCCUGGCCGCCGGCGGCAGCCUCCUCGAAGCCUUCGAGCUGUACCAGUUCCUUUACCUGCAGCGGCAGCUGGGCAUCGAGCACCUCGACCAUCUGGUGCGCUGCCUGGCCGAGAGCAUCCGGCAACGAGAGGGGCUCUUCGGCCCCGGGGCGCCGAACGGCGGCGGCGCGAGCGAGCCCCCCUGGGAGGCGACCCCGAUGGAUGUGGCGGCGGCGGUCGCCAGGGAGCCCACAACGCCCUGGGAUGGGUUCCGAUGCCGGAAAUGCCAAGGUUUCCUGUCCGAUCCGGUGUCCCUACCCUGCGGACACACCUUCUGCAAAGUGUGCCUGGAGCAAGAGCGCCGCUGCACCCUGUGCAUCAUCCCCAGGCCCGCGGUCCCCAGCUGCAGCAGGGCCGUGGCGGGCCAGUCGGCGUCUCUGCCGCCGCCGCCCCUGCCGCGCCUGCGGGUCAAUGUGCUGCUCAGCAACUUGCUGGCCAAGUGGUUCCCGGGCCCAACCCAGGCGUCGCGGCUCCGCCACGAAGGCAACCGGCUGUACCAGGAACACAAGCCGGAGCAGGCGCUGGAGAAGUACUGUGAGGCGCUCGAUCUAGCUCCCAAUGACUACUUGCUCUAUAGCAACCGAUCUCAGAUCAAUUCUGUCUUGAAACGUCCUGAAGCUGCAUUGCACGAUGCUGACAUGGCCUGCAGACUCCAGCCAAAUUGGCUGAAGGGUCACAUGCGCAAAGGCCAAGCCUUAGCCAUCCUGGGAAAUAUGGAAGAAGCCCUCAGGGAGUUCCUGUUCUGUGUGGCUUUGGAUGAGAGGAACAGGACAGCCAGAUGUGAGGCUGCCAAGCUCCUGUUUAGCUUGUUCUCCCCCAUCCCUGGGAAUACCCAGGUGCGCUUGGCAAACAGCCUGCAGCUGGAUCCCUGCACCUUGAAACCAAAAAGCAUCACCGUGGCCUCCCAGACCUGUGGAGCCGGCGGCUCAGGUGACGACCCUCAGCUGCCAGGAUUGGUCCAGGAGAUAGAGAAAUGCCCCCCUGUUCAGGUGAAGACAGAGCCUCCUGACUACGAUGACAUGGACUGUGCAGAAGCGAAUAAAGGAAGGAAUUCCGAGGAGAGAGAAAAUAGACAGGCCCCAAUGUUCCAGGACGAUGAGGAAGUGAGACGAGCCCUGAUGAUGGAUCCCGAGGAGGAACAGGAGGAGGAAGAGGACAGAAAACUUCUGGAAUCCCUUUCCAGGGAGACGAGACAGGAUUCAGUGGAUCAUCUCCAGGAGGAGGAGAUUCCGGUUCUGAUGGCCCAGCCUGAAGAGAGACAGACUCCGGUGGUCCAGCGGCAGGAGCAGGAGAUCCAGGCCGUGGUCGUCCAGGGAGAGGAAGAAGAGAUCCGGGCCGUGGUGGUCCAGGGAGAGGAGGAAGAGAUCCGGGCCGUGGUGGUCCAUGGUGAGGAGGAAAUCCGGGCUAUGAUGACCCAACCUGAGGAGGAGAUCCGGGCUAUGAUGGUCCAGGUGAAGGAGGAAGAUAUCCAGAUUCCGGUGUUCCAGCCCAAGGAGGAGGAGAUAGAGAUUCCUAUAUUCCAGCCCAAGGAAGAGGAGCUAGACCUUCCAGAUUUCCAGAUCAAAGAGGAGCCCUUAGACUUUCCAGAUUUCCACCUUAAGGAAGAGCCGCUAGACAUCCCUGACUUCCAGUUUAAGCAGGAACCAGAGGACAUAGACUUUCCAGUGUUCCAGCUCAAAGAGGAGGACGAUGAUGACAUAGACUUUCCUGAGUUCCAGCUCAAGGAGGAGGUGGAGGAAAUCGACUUUCCCGAGUUCCAGCUCAAGGAGGAGGAGGAAGAAAUUGAUUUUCCCGAGUUCCAGCUCAAAGAGGAAGAGGAUUUAGAUUUUCCUGAGUUCCAGCUUAAGGAGGAGGAUGACGACGAUGACGAUGAUGAUUUGGACUUUCCAGAGUUCCGGCCCAAGGAGGAAGAUGAAGAUUUAGACUUUCCUGAUUUUCAGCCGAAAGAGGAGCCACUAGACCUUCCAGAUUUCCAGAUUAAAGAGGAGCCACUAGACAUUCCAGAUUUCCAGAUUAAACAGGAACCAGAGGAUGAGGAUGAGAUCCCAGUUCUGGUGGCCCAGCCCGAAUCAGAAGAGGAAGUACUGGCUCUCAUGGCCCAGCCUGAUGAGGAAGAGACACUGGCUCUGAUGGCCCGAGCUUUGGAGGAAAAGAGACAGGCCUCCAUGUGCCACCCUGAAGACACUCAGGCCUUUUUGUUCCAGCCCAAUGAGGGACAGGCCUUUUUGUUCCAGCCCAAUGAGGGACAGGCUUCCUUGUGCCAACCUGAAGAGGGACAGGCCUUUUUGUUCCAACCCAAUGAGGGACAGCCUUCCAUGUGCCAAGCGCAUGAGACACGGGCUUUCCUGUCCCAGCCUGAAGAGGGACAGGCUUCUGUGUCCCAUCUUGAAGAAAGACAGGCUUCCAUGUGCCAACCUGAAGAGACACACAUUUUCAUGUCCCUGUCUGAAGAGACACGGGCUUUCUUGUCCCUGCCCGAAGACACACGGGCUUUCCUGUCCCAGCCCGAAGACACGCGGGCCUUCCUGUCCCGGCCUGAAGACACGCAGGCCUUCCUGUCCCAGCCUGAAGACACGCGGGCCUUCCUGUCCCGGCCCGAAGACACACGGGCUUUCCUGUCCCGUCCCGAAGACACACGGGCUUUCCUUUCCCGACCCGAAGACACGCGGGCUUUCCUGUCCCAGCCUGAAGAGACAGGGGCUUUCCUGUCCCGGCCCGAAGACACACGGGCAUUCCUAUCUCAGCCUGAAGACACACGGGCAUUCCUGUCCCGGCCUGAAGACACACGGGCAUUCCUGUCCCGGCCUGAAGACACACGGGCAUUCCUGUCCCGGCCUGAAGAGACACAGGCAUUCCUGACCCGGCCCGAAGAUACACGGGCAUUUCUGUCUUUGCCCGAAGACACACGGGCUUUCCUGUCCCAGCCUGAAGAGACACGGGCAUUUCUGUCCCUGCCCGAAGACACACGGGCUUUCCUGUCCCGGCCCGAAGACACACGGGCUUUCCUGUCCCAGGCUGAAGAGACAGGGGCUUUCCUGUCCCGGCCCGAAGAGACACAGGCAUUCCUGUCCCUGCCCGAAGACACACGGGCUUUCCUGUCCCUGUCUGACGAGACAGGGGCUUUCAUGUUCCGGCCUGAAGAGACACAGGCUUUCAUGUUCCAGCCCGAAGAGACACGGGCAUUCCUCACCCGGCCUGAAGAGACACAGGCUUUCCUGUCCCGUCCUGAAGAGACACAGGCUUCCAUGUUCCGGCCUGAUGAGGGACAGGCAUCCAUGUCCCAGACCGAAGAGGGACUGGCUUCCAUGUUCCGGCCCGAUGAGGGACAGGCGUCCAUGUCCCAGACCGAAGAGGGACUGGCUUCCAUGUUCCGGUCCGAUGACGGACAGGCGUCCAUGUCCCAGACCGAAGAGGGACUGGCUUCCAUGUUCCGGUCCGAUGACGGACAGGCGUCCAUGUCCCAGACCGAAGAGGGACUGGCUUCCAUGUUCCGGCCCGAUGAGGGACAGGCGUCCAUGUCCCAGACCGAAGAGGGACUGGCUUCCAUGUUCCGGCCCGAUGAGGGACAGGCGUCCAUGUCCCAGACCGAAGAGGGACUGGCUUCCAUGUUCCGGCCCGAUGAGGGACAGGCGUCCAUGUCCCAGACCGAAGAGGGACUGGCUUCCAUGUUCCGGCCCGAUGAGGGACAGGCGUCCAUGUCCCAGACCGAAGAGGGACUGGCUUCCAUGUUCCGGUCCGAUGACGGACAGGCGUCCGUGUCCCAGACCGAAGAGGGACUGGCUUCCAUGUUCCGGUCCGAUGACGGACAGGCGUCCGUGUCCCAGACCGAAGAGGGACUGGCUUCCAUGUUCCGGUCCGAUGAGGGACAGGCGUCCGUGUCCCAGACCGAAGAGGGACUGGCUUCCAUGUUCCGGUCCGAUGACGGACAGGCGUCCGUGUCCCAGACCGAAGAGGGACUGGCUUCCAUGUUCCGGUCCGAUGACGGACAGGCGUCCGUGUCCCAGACCGAAGAGGGACUGGCUUCCAUGUUCCGGUCCGAUGACGGACAGGCGUCCGUGUCCCAGACCGAAGAGGGACUGGCUUCCAUGUUCCGGUCCGAUGACGGACAGGCGUCCGUGUCCCAGACCGAAGAGGGACUGGCUUCCAUGUUCCGGUCCGAUGACGGACAGGCGUCCGUGUCCCAGACCGAAGAGGGACUGGCUUCCAUGUUCCGGUCCGAUGACGGACAGGCGUCCGUGUCCCAGACCGAAGAGGGACUGGCUUCCAUGUUCCGGUCCGAUGACGGACAGGCGUCCGUGUCCCAGACCGAAGAGGGACUGGCUUCCAUGUUCCGGUCCGAUGAGGGACAGGCGUCCGUGUCCCAGACCGAAGAGGGACUGGCUUCCAUGUUCCGGUCCGAUGAGGGACAGGCGUCCGUGUCCCAGACCGAAGAGGGACUGGCUUCCAUGUUCCGGUCUGAUGAGGGACAGGCUUUCCUGUCCCGGCCUGAAGAGACACAGGCUUCCAUGUUCCAGCUUGAUGAGGGACAGGCGUCCAUGUCCCAGACCGAAGAGGGACUGGCUUCCAUGUUCCGGCCCGAUGAGGGACAGGUGUCCAUGUCCCAGACUGGAGAGGGACUGGCUUUUAUGUUCCGGCCUGAUGAGGGACAGGCUUUUAUGUUCCAGCCCGAUGAGGGACAGGCAUCCACGUCCCAGACUGAAGAGGGACUGGCUUUUAUGUUCCAGUCUGAUCAGGAAGAAGUUUCUAUGUUCCAUCCAGGGAAGAAACAGGCUUCAGUAUCCCAGACCAGAAAGAGACAAGAGUCUUCAUCUCAGACCAGAAGGAGACAGGCUAUGAUAUCCCAGGCCAGAAGGAGACAGGUUUCUUCAUCCCAACUCAAAAAGAGACAGAUUUCCUUAUCCCAGCUUGGGAAGAAACAGGUUUCUUUAACCCAGUCCAAAAAGAGACAGGCUUGGGUAGCCCAGGCUAAAGAGAAGAAACAGGUGCGAGUGGUCCAGGCCAAGAAGAGAAAGAUUGCCUUAGUUCAGCUGAAGGAUAAAAAGAAACAGACUCUAGUGACCUAUCCCAAGACAAAGAAACAGAUUUCACUGACCCAGUCCAAGAAAAGGAGACAGACUGUAGUGAACCAGGCCAGGAAGAGGUUAGAGUGGGCGGUCCAAGCCAAGAGGAAGGCAAGUCAAGUGGUUCACGCCAGGAGGAGACAGAUUCUGGACGCCCACGCCAGGAGGAGACAGAUUCUGGACGCCCACGCCAAUAAGAGACAGAGUCCAGGGGCCCAGGGCAAGGAGGAUGAAGACAACAAACAUCCCCAAAAACGUCAACUGCCAAGACGGAAACGCAGCCCAUCAGAGUCCUUAGACCCUGAAGUACCAUGCAAGGUUCCCAAGAAAGAAUCAAAUGACUCCCGGGAUGGGGAUCCUGCUUCUAAUGUUCCCUUCGAAUCUUUUGACCCAACUGAUCUGGACUGCCCGCUCUGUAUGAGGCUGUUCUAUGAGCCUGUCACCACCCCCUGUGGACACACCUUCUGCAUGAAAUGUCUUGAAAGAAGCUUGGAUCACAACCCCAAGUGUCCCCUAUGCAAAGAAAGCCUUGCAGAGUGUGUGUCUGUGAGGAAAUGUAGCAAAAAUUUCCUGAUGGAGGCUGUCAUAGCCAAGUAUCUGCCUGAUGACCUCAGUGAACGCAGAAGGAUCUUCGAGGAGGAAAUGGCAGAACUCUCGAACAGCCUGAGUAAGAAUGUGCCUAUAUUUGUGUGCACCAUGGCCUACCCCACUGUGCCAUGCCCCCUCCACAUCUUCGAACCCUGCUACCGCCUUAUGAUUCGAAGAUGCAUGGAGACUGGCAGCAAGCAUUUCGGCAUGUGCAUUGGCGACUCCUCCAGAGGGUUUGCAGAAUAUGGUUGCUUACUGGAGAUAAGAAAUGUUGAGUUCUUUCCUGAUGGUCGCUCCGUGGUGGACAGCAUUGGUAAGAGGAGGUUUAAGGUGCUCCGGCAGAGCCAGAGAGAUGGCUACAACACAGCCGACAUCGAAUAUGUUGAGGAUCACAAGGUUGAAGGGGAAGAGUAUGUCAGGUUGCAAAACCUGCACAGUUCUGUCUAUGAUCAGUCACUUGGCUGGUUCAAUUCGCUCAAACAAGCGCUCCGGAGCCGCAUUCUGGGCCACUUCGGUCCCAUGCCACCAAAAGAUCUUGAUCCACAGGUCAACCCCAAUGGCCCCUCUUGGUGCUGGUGGAUCCUGGCAGUCCUUCCACUUGAAAGUCGAGCUCAGCUUCCUUUCUUGUCCAUGAAGUCCCUGAGGAACCGCUUGAAUGGCAUUCAGCGUGUCCUGACAUACUUGGCCCUCAACCAAAACCCAAACCAAGUUGAAGUCCACAUCCCACUUGAAGAUGAAGACCAAGAUCCAAUGGAAGGGACAAGCCAGUAUCUAAUGGAAAGCUCAAGCCGCUAUCUAAUGGAAAGGGCAAGCCGCUAUCUAAUGGAAAGGGCAAGCCAAUAUCUAAUGAUGGGGCCAAGCCAAGACCCAAUGGAAGGGCCAAGCCAAAAUCCAAUGGAAUGGUCAAGCCAAGACCCAAUGGAAGGGCCAAGCGAAGAAGCAAUGGAAGGCCCAAGCCAAGCUCCAGUGGAAAGGUCAAACCAAGAUCCAGUGGAAGGGCCAAGCCCAGGCCCAGUGGAAGGGCCAAGUCCAGCUCCAGUUGAAGGGCCAAGCCAAGAGCCAAUGGAUGGGCCAUGCCCAGCUCCAUUGGAAGGGCCAAGAAAAAGCCCAGGGAAAAGUUCAAGCCAAACUCCAGUGGCAGGGCCAAACCAGGGCCAAGACCAAGGCCCAGUGGCAGGGCCAAGCCAAGACCCAAUGGAAGGGCCAAGCCAAGGUCCAGUGGCAGGGCCAAGCCACGGCCCAAUGGCAGGGCCAAGCCACGGCCCAGCGGCAGGGCCAAGCCACGGCCCAGCAGCAGGGCCAAGCCAAGCUCCAGGGAAAGGGCCACGCCAAACUCCAGUGAAAGGGUCACGCCAAGCUCCAGCGAAAAAGCCAAGCCAGGCUCCAGUGGAAGGGCCACGCCAAGCUCCAGCAGAAGGGCCAAGCCAGGCUCCAGUGGAAGGGCCACGCCAAGCUCCAGUGGAAGGGCCAAGCCAGGCUCCAGUGGAAGGGCCACGCCAAGCUCCAGUGGAAGGGCCAAGCCAGGCUCCAGUGGAAGGGCCACGCCAAGCUCCAGUGGAAGGGCCACGCCAAGCUCCAGUGGAAGGGCCAAGCCAAGCUCCAGUGGAAGGGCCAAGCCAGGCUCCAGUGGAAGGGCCACGCCAAGCUCCAGUGGAAGGGCCACGCCAAGCUCCAGUGGAAGGGCCAAGCCAAGCUCCAGUGGAAGGGCCAAGCCAGGCUCCAGUGGAAGGGCCACGCCAAGCUCCAGUGGAAGGGCCAAGCCAAGCUCCAGUGGAAGGGCCAAGCCAAGCUCCAGUGGAAGGGCCAAAUCAAGCUCCAGUGGAAGGGCCACGCCAAGCUCCUGUGGAAGGGCCAAACCAAGCUCCAGUGGAAGGGCCACGCCAAGCUCCAGUGGAAGGGCCAAACCAAGCUCCAGUGGAAGGGCCACGCCAAGCUCCAGUGGAAGGGCCAAACCAAGCUCCAGUGGAAGGGCCAAACCAAGCUCCAGUGGAAGGGCCAAAUCAAAUUCCAGUGGAAGGGCCAAGCCAAGCUCCAGUGGAAGGGCCACGCCAAGCUCCAGUGGAAGGGCCAAACCAAGCUCCAGUGGAAGGGCCACGCCAAGCUCCAGUGGAAGGGCCAAACCAAGCUCCAGUGCAAGGGCCAAAUCAAGCUCCAGUGGAAGGGCCACGCCAAGUUCCAGUGGAAGGGCCAAGCCAAGCUCCAGUGGAAGGGCCAAACCAAGCUCCAGUGGAAGGGCCAAAUCAAGCUCCAGUGGAAGGGCCACGUCAAGCAGGGCCACGCCAAGCUCCAGUGGAAGGGCCAAAUCAAGCUCCAGUGGAAGGGCCAAACCAGGGCCAAGACCCAGGCCCAAGCCAAGCUCCACUGGAGGGGCCAAGCCAAGCUCCAGUGGAAGGGUCAAACCAGGGCCAAGCCCAAGGCCCAAGUGAAGCCCAAGAUCAGGGCAAGUGAAACCCAAGAGAUGAAGAGAAAGGAAGGGGCUCUGCUCUGCUCUGCUUUCCCUUCCCAGUUGGUGGGGGGCGGGGAGGGGGGGGGAAACUUCUUGUCACUGUCUUUAAUCGCAAUACUGUCUUAAUGGGUGGUCAUUAUUAACCUCAGGGGGAGUGUUGAGCAGGAUGUCCUAAAUAACACCUGCUUAAGGGUUUACUCCAUUUGGAAAACCCUCAUUCCUGCCUCUCCCCCCCCUCCAUCUUCUCUCUUCUCUCUUUCUAUCUGCAAUUGUUGACAUGCUGCAUUGCUAAAUGAAUGGCCUAGGUGUUGUUCUAGAGCACACAGUGAUAUUGUUUGCCUUCAAAAGUUCAGAAAAUAGCAUUUACAUUUCCAAAAGAAUGUUUGGUCUUUACUGUGAAACAAUUGAUGUUGAUGAAUUUAUUUUGUUGACUCAUGUUUGGUCUUACUCCAAAUGCUUCUGGUUGGAUUCAGCUAAUGUUCACUACUUCAUUCUGUUUGAAUAAUUUAUUUUCGCA